GGUAUUUAAAGUGAAAUGCAUUUUAGUUCUCCAGCCAUCUCCAUCACUUCCUUGCGAGUUCUGACUUUCACACUGGUGGCGUCUUCAGCUUUAAUGACUCCUAUACAGAGCUUUGGUGUUUCAUCAUAGCCCAGCGAACCCCCUGAAUCUGUAGCCAAACCAGAAGUUCUCUAUGGAGAGAUGGACAGAAUUCUCUCUGGACUGGAGCUGCUGGAGGCUGCAGGCCGCCUGCAGCUCUUUGGCUCCAUCUGCUGGGUUGGUGACUGACCCAACUUCUGGCUCCAACACGUGGAUUCAGUGCGAUCACAGGAUGCGCUGGGAAAGCGUCAUGAUGUAUAAAGGGGCUGUGUAUGAAACAGCACCGUGUCUGUUCUUGUCUGUUGCCACAAAAAUCAAGGAUUGCUCCUGUUAUGAGGGUGAACCAGUAAAGGCAGACACAGAGACUGUAUCCAAAGCAUCUUCACGUUCCCCUGAAUAUCCUGAAGCCUUUGUUGUCCAUCUGUCUUCGUCAUGCUCUCUCCCCACACUUCCUAAUCUCCCAACUCACCUGAGAGAUGUCAGGGAGAACAGCAGAGCAGGGCACAGUUCAGAGAUGGAUUUGCUGCCAAAGCCCAGAUCUCUCCCUUUUGCCAUGUCAGCUGACAGCCACCAGCUCCACACUCAUUCCCACAAGGACCCGCUAAGUUCUGCUUGUCAUGGUCUCUUGAACGUCAACAGUCACCCCUUGUCGAAGAGCUCCUCGAGUCUCAUUUGUGCUGGGCAUUCAAGUUUGGAAAGGCAAAGCAACAAACAGGAGCUUAAGAAAAGCCACAGCAGCACUGUCUGCCAAACCCUGGGACAUGAGAGUGAUGCCAGAAGUGUGCCAACUCCUAGAUGGUCUUCCUCACAGUCUGGGUUGAUGGGAUUCGAGUCAGUGGUCCAAACCAUGAACGAUCAGUCACCCAAUAACAAUUCACAGAGCAGAUCUAAGACUACAAACCAUGUUCUUACCGUUGAACAGUCCCCAGCAUCCUGGGAAGUGGGUGACGCUAAGAUAUGUGUAAAGAGCAGUACUGUUGAGAAUGUUUCUUCAGCCUGCUUUAAACAACAGCAAAGCAUGGAUAAUAUGGAUGAACCAAGAGCUGCCCUCCAGAGAAGCCACUCAGACCUAACCUGCAGUUGCAAACUACAGAGUUACAUCACUCACAUAGAAACCAAUGCUACCGAUUCCAGCCUUAGCUCUUCUAGCAGCGGGCAUGGUCCGUCAAUGGUGAGGAUGUCUUUCCAAACAGAAAGAUAUGGAUCAGAAAUAAAUGCAAAUACAUCUCACUAUCAAAACCUUGUGACUCAUCUUCCAGUGCUACCUAUAGACCAAAAAGUACCCACGAAUACCUUUGACAGUGGUGGUAUUUCACAUAAUACGACUGUUUACACAGAUCCUGGAAGAUUUCACAGUGCUGUUCUGGGACCCCACAUGCCUGGAAAUGGUUUUUCCAACAGGACAAUGCUCAGUCAAGCCACUGGGAUUAUUCAUGGUGGUCUGACGUACAGCAAUAUUCCAAACUCUGUGUAUUCGCCAAUGGUGAUGACAGUUCAUAACAAUUCUGCAGCGCCCUGUAACGUAAGGCAGGACUCUUGUAUGAAAGUCGAUGCGACUGUCCCUGCCUAUUGCCAUUCUUUGCCCAUACCAUCUAUACAGCUUGUUCCGCGAUUGGUGUGCUCAGUUAGCGAGUCGGGGAAGGAGCAAGCAUCACCUGACUAUUUUCAUUCCUUCUCCACUUCGGACAUUCUGAGCUAUCCUAAGCUUGUGUCUUCAGUAAGUGAAUCAGGCCUGGAUGCCAAGAGAGUCCUGAAGUGCUGUAGCGUUCCUGGAGAGCAACUACAUCACACUCAGCAGGAGAGAGCUUCUCCAGAAACACAGGCUGCUUGCGUUGCUUUUAGCAGCCAGCAAACGACUGACAUAGCAAUGAAAACUAAAGAUAUGUGGACUAUGACCUCUGCAAAUGAUUUAAACAAGGGACUGAAACCAGCUCUUGAGCGUAGAGAUGCCGAAGUACAAACUCUUCCGACCAUGGAAUGCAAAUCUGUUGCGACAAGCCCGGCGGCUGCAGCAGAAAGCCAUUCACAUGUGUUCCCAGAGGUGAACUUGGAGCAAGACUUGGAGGCCCCGAAGUCUCCAGUACGGGAAGUGAGGUGGGAUGAUGAAGGAAUGACCUGGGAAGUGUAUGGGGCAUCUGUGGAUCCAGAAGUCCUUGGUUUAGCCAUUCAGAAACAUCUUGAGAUUCAAAUAGAGCAAUUCCAGACAGAGCCUGUCCAACAGACUGGGAAAAGGAAUGAGGAUUCUCUUAAGAAGGAUCCAUCUUGUGACAAAAUGGGGAAGAAAAGGCCAUUCAGAACAGUGAUGCACUCUCUGAGAUAUCCGAGCUGUUGUGCUCGUUCAAGUACUGCAGUGGAGUGAGCAUAGCUCUAGGAUGGCCACAGCCACGUUGGGGCUUUUUUGUUUGUAAAUUGUAAAUAAAUGCUGUUUCUCAAGUGUUAACACAGUACACGUGGGCAAUCUGCUUGCGGAUAAGUGGAGAAAGUUCAGUGGCCAUCAAAGAGCAAAGCAUGGAAAAACCUACAAUUGGGCUAUGGGACUGGGGGCGUACGGUUGUACCUUCAACAUGCCAUCUGGUUGUGUUGACUGUUUUUAAUGUAGCACUCUUAUUCUUCUAUGUUAAUUUUACAUCGUACUUCAAGGAAUUAGAUUUAUUUUAUAAAUGAUGCGUCUUUUAAAAAUGAUGUUGAAUUUUUUCAGUAUUUUCUUGAUUUAGGGGCUAGGAAACAAAGCUAGAAAAUGACUCAUACAAAUUCUUAGCUUUCCACCCUACUCCCCAAGUUUUGGAAUUCAUUCUGCUGUUAAUUUGUGCUAAUACCGACUAUAAACCCAAUUGAGCUGUAGAUAAAAUGACAGACUAGUACAAUACUAUGUUACAUAUGAUGGUAACUUUUGCUAAACAAUAUAAUUUCAGUAUUAGUAGCCAGAAUUCAUCCCUUUGCAAGAUGGUGUGUCGUUGGAGGAUGCUCCUGCAACUUCCAUGUAGUAGACGAAUUACAAUCUGAACGUACAGAUGUGAUGUUUACCAAUUAACGCAGAUGUAAAGUAUUACCAAAGAUGACCCGUGUUGUGUGAAUUACUUCUUGAAUGCUUGUUUUCUGAAACAAAGGCUGUCCAUAUUAGUCUGCCACGUGAUCCUACUCUACAGAUUGCAUCUAAUCUUUGCCUGUCUUGUGUUCCCAGUCUGCACUGAAGUGGGACUUUGUGUCUUUACCAAAGUACAGCUAAAACUAAGAUUGUUCCUUCUGAGUGCCUUGGACACACGGGCAGUUUCAAGAGUUCCUUUUUCCCCCCAUAAACAAGUUAGAAAAAAAUCCCAGUGAAAAACUUCAGUAUAGCAUAGUGCAGAACCUAUUUGAGCUGAAAGAUUGGUCAAGGAAGCUGUUGGUAACAUAAGUAGAGUUUGCAUGGAAGCAUUUUCUAUACCUUUGAAUAUUAAAAGACAAGACAUCCAAGUGGAGAUCUAGAAGAAAUACUGCUCAUCUGAAUGUUAACUAUGUGGGUAACAUGUUCUAUUUCUGCCAUGGAUGCCCCUUCAGAAGAAUUUGGGUUCACUGUGUUCUCCAACAGAAAUACAGUCAGUGUGUACAUGAAGAAUUCUUAAUGAUAGAUCUCUGUUCAAGUGUUUCUCUUGUAAAUGUGACAACUCUCUCUCUGUUUUUGAAUGCUUUCUAACUUAUGGAAAUCCAAAUUGGUUACGUUUUAUUUUGAAAUAGAAAUAAAUUUGCAGCAGGUUUAUAACCGAGUGGGGAGCUUCUCAAAAAGAAGAGUAAAAUCAGUGUGUAUUGGUUUAAAUAAAAACCUCCUAUAGUGAA